ACUAUGUAUUCCUGGGAGGGGCUAUCAGGACCAUCUGAGGGUCUGGAGUGGAACUUGGAGCCCAGAUCUACCUAAGCAAGGUCCGGGUGGCACCACCUUGCAGUGCAAGGGACGUUCCCGGGAGCCCCCAAGGUCUAGUUGAAUUGGGGCCAAUAGGCUCCUCUGCUACACAGCAUGGGCUCUGGCCAUGGAUGUGCCCAGGGAACUCCACCAGGCAGUAGUGGGUGCAGGCGGGAGCCAGAGUUGGCGAGUCUGGGGACAUCCCACUCUUGGCAGAGAAAGGGCUGAGGCCUGAGACUGUGGAAAGUUGAGUGGUUGGGGGCUUCCUGAAGGGCAGAAAGCCCUAAAUUAGAGACAACUUGGGUUCCAGGGCCUGCUCUACUUCCAACUGGCUCUAUGACCUUGUGCAAGUCCUUUCUCUUCUCAGGGUCUAGGAGGAUUCUUCUAGAUGAACUGAUAACCUCUUCCUUUCCCCACCUUCUCUUAUCUCCCCUACAUAUAGGGUUUCCUACUGUCCCCCACCCCAAACCAGCUUUGACAUUCCAGAAGAAGCCUUGAACUAAGGUUCAAAAGACACAGCCCAUUCCCUAGUUUCUUCCAGGGAAGAAGCUCUGGUCUGGGCUCUAGGUCUUAGGCUGUAGGUCCUGGUAGAGUAUCUGGUCUGGUCAGUUGGAGCCAUCAAAGGGGAAAAGGGCCCUGUGCCUCUGAGAAAGACCUCAGGGGGCUACAUUGUGAUGACCUCACCCACUCUAUGACAUCAUCCUCUCUCCCACCCCCAGUCCUCUCUGGUCAACUGCUCUGCAAACAACCAUCAAUCUGAAUCCCAAAGGCCUGAGAAAGUCUGUUCUCUAGUACCUGCUUCUGAUCUUCUGCCUCAGCCACCAAGAAACACCAUGAAAUUGGAAUUCACUGAGAAAAACUACAACAGCUUCGUGCUGCAGAACUUGAACAAACAGAGGAAACGCAAAGAGUACUGGGACAUGGCCCUCACUGUGGACCAUCAUGUCUUCUUUGCACAUCGCAAUGUACUGGCUGCUGUCUCUCCCCUGGUGAAGAGCCUCAUCUUUAGCAAUGACAUGAAGACCACUGACGAGCUCUUCAUCACCAUUGACCCCAAUUACCUGAGUCCAGCCACAGUGGACCAGCUCCUGGAAUACUUCUACAGUGGCAAGGUGGUGAUCUCUGAGCAGAACGUGGAGGAGCUGCUUCGGGGUGCCCAGUAUUUCAACAUACCACGCCUUCGAAUUCACUGUAACGACUUCCUUAUUAAGUCCAUCUGCCGUGCCAACUGCUUGCGCUAUCUCUUCUUGGCUGAACUGUUUGAGCUCAAAGAGGUAUCAGACUUGGCCUACUCUGGCAUUCGCGACAACUUCCACUUCUGGGUCAGUCCUGAGGGCUCCAUGCACUUCAUGCGCUGCCCACCUGUUAUCUUCGGCCGUCUGCUCCGUGAUGAAAACCUUCAUGUGCUGAAUGAGGACCAGGCCCUCAAUGCACUAAUCAGUUGGGUGUACUUCCGGAAGGAAGAGCGGGAAAAGUAUUUUAAGAAGUUCUUCAAUUACAUCAAUCUCAAUGCUGUCUCCAACAAGAUGCUGAUGUUUGCCAGCAACAAGCUGAUGGGCCUGGAGAACAGCUUAGCCCAGACCACCCUGAUUGAGAGUGUCCUGAUGGAUCGCAAGCAGGAGCGGCCUUGCAGCCUGCUGAGCUACCAGCGGAAAGGGGCCCUGCUUGAUUCCGUGGUCAUCCUUGGUGGCCAAAAGGCCCAUGGCAAGUUCAAUGAUGGCGUAUUUGCCUAUAUCAUCCAGGAGAAUCUGUGGUUGAAGCUCUCAGAGAUGCCCUAUCGAGCAGCAGCUCUUAGUGCCACCACUGCUGGUCGCUACAUCUACAUCUCUGGUGGCACCACAGAGCAGAUUUCAGGGCUGAAGACCGCCUGGCGAUAUGACAUGGAUGACAACUCCUGGACCAAGUUGCCUGACCUGCCCAUUGGGCUUGUCUUCCAUACCAUGGUGACCUGUGGGGGGACAGUUUACUCAGUUGGUGGGAGCAUUGCUCCAAGGCGAUACGUCUCCAACAUUUAUCGGUAUGAUGAACGCAAGGAGGCCUGGUGCUUGGCAGGGAAGAUGAGCAUCCCUAUGGAUGGCACAGCUGUGAUCACCAAGGGUGACCGGAACCUGUACAUUGUCACUGGGCGGUGCUUGGUGAAGGGCUAUAUCUCCCGGGUUGGGGUAGUGGACUGCUUUGACACUAACACUGGUGAAGUGGUCCAGUGUAUAACCUUCCCCAUUGAGUUCAAUCACCGGCCCCUGCUCUCUUUCUAUCAGGACAACAUCCUCUGCGUGCACAGCCACCGGCAGAGUGUGGAAAUCAACCUGCAGAAGAUAAAGGCCAACAAGACAACCACCUCAGUGCCUCUCUUGCCCAACAAUUGUCCCUUGGAUGUGUCCCAUGCUAUAUGCUCCAUUGGAGAUGGCAAGGUGUUUGUGUGUGGGGGUGUCACCACAGCCAGCGAUGUCCAGACAAAGGACUAUACCAUUAAUCCAAAUGCCUACUUGCUAGACCAGAAAACAGGCGAGUGGAAGACCCUGGCCUCCCCACCAGAGGCACUGGACUGUCCUGCCUGCUGUCUAGCCAAGCUACCUUGCAAGAUUCUUCAAAGGAUUUAAACAACUUUCUAAGUGGGAGAAUAAGUAAAUGCAUUAUUAUUCACAAUUUAAUAAGAGACAGAAGAGAGGAA